AAUCCGAAUAAAUUUCACGGCACGGGAUUUGGACCGAGUUUCGUCGCCAGGAACCGUCGGUACGCACAGUACGCUCAUCGGGGAACGGUUCGGCGGGUGCGGAAGUGCUGAGCGCAGCCACACAGUGGGCACGAUGAGAAAAUAAUCGUCGUGUCGUGUCGUAUGUGUCGCCGGAAGUUGACGGAGGUGUGCGUCAACCCGCAACCGAUUCCGAAUCGAACCCGAAACGCAGCCGUCUGCGGACGGCUCUUUUCCAUCGUGUGCGAUCCGUUCGGUGUGAGGGGCCGGAACCUUCGGAAAACGUCUGGUUUUCGUGUGUUUACGUGCAUCGUAGUAGACAACGAGCGGUGGAAUAGGGGCCCGUGACAGUUUCCGUAGUGACGACGAGUGAACAACAACCGGCAACCACAUACCGGACAGGCGAUGGAGGCGAUGGUUGAAAAUUCGGCCAAUCCACCGGCCCGCUUCUACUGUCAUUCGUGUUCCGUCGAGAUCGACAGUGUUUCCUCGGAGUUCACCUGUCCGCACUGCUCUAAAGGCUUCAUCGAGGAACUGCCGGCCGCGGAUCGGAAUGGUGCGUCCGGAUCGUCCGGUUCCGGACAGGAAUCGGAGGGACCAGCAAACGAUUACGUCAAUGCACAACAAAUCAGCUCCGAUGCAAUUGGUAGGUUGGCUGGGGAGUUGUUCACAAACUCUUUCCUGCCGCCGUUUUAUCACAACAACUACGAUGAAGAAUCAGCCGGAGGGUCGUCUGGUUCCGGUGGCAGUAGGUACACCACAUUCACGCCCGAAGACAUUCCGCCGUUCAGUCAGUCCCCCCAGGCGGCAACUGGGGGUGUCGGUAGCGUAGAUGUUGCUACCGGGUCGGGAAAUGGCGGCAGUGGCAGCAACACCGCUAUGACUAACGGUGCAGGUGGUAGCAGUGGAACUUCCCUGCAUCGUGCCUCGCUGGGAAGGCGCGGUGGCCGACGGCAUCCGAUGCAAAACAUCACGCAUCUGGAUCACAUUCUGCGCGAAAUCCUAAUCUCGGUGACGGACGUCGGUCCGGGUGGAAUGCCCAUGUUUUUCAUGGGAAACCCCGGAGACUAUGCGUGGGGUCGUGAAGGGAUCGACAGUAUCGUCACGCAGCUGCUGAACCAGAUGGACAAUACCGGACCGCCACCGUUAGAGAAGGAACGGAUCGCGGAAAUACCGAUCGUAACCAUCAGCGACGAGCAGGUCGAUCGGAAACUACAGUGUUCGGUUUGCUUCGAAGAUUUUCAGUCCGGUGAGACGGUGCGAAAGUUGCCAUGCUUGCACGUUUACCACGAGCCUUGCAUCAUUCCAUGGCUGGAGCUGCACGGUACGUGUCCGAUUUGCAGAAAAAGUCUCACACCGGACGGACUACAAUCGGGCUCGCAGGCGCAAUCACAGCAGGCAAUGGAAACCGGGCAGCAUCCACACAGCUUGGAAAAUGCACAUCCACAGCAGUCGUCACCGUCUUCGCAACCGUCGCCACAGCAACAGAAUCAACAUUCGGCUCAGCAGCAACAACAGCAACCUUCCUCCCAGUCUGCGGCCGGUGGACGACAAAACCCCAAUUUUGUCGCCUUCACAAUACGUGAUUUGCUUCCGAUGCUUUCAGGGCCCUCGGUGUCGAACCUGCUGUACGAUCUUGGCCAACCGUCGGGCGGCUCGGCCGUCUCUUCUAGUCUACCGGCCGCUGGAGGCAGAAGUGCUGACGGGGGUGCUGCUCCUGCACCACAGGUGCCAUCUGGCGGCGGUGGAGGCUCGACCGCUAGUUCUUCUGGUGCCCCCACCAACGGGUCCACUGGUUCGGCUGGCAACAAUGCGAAUAAUCCGGACGACGACGGGGACCUUUACUACACGCUAGAUUUAGAUUAACCAAAACACAACAAUGCAAAUGGUGUGCUUGGAGAGCGCAAAAGUAAAAAGGGGAAUUGAUUGCUAGGGGAUGAGUUUUCCUACAGAGAAGUGGAAGUUGAAAGAAGAACUACACACAAUUAUUUCAGUCGUUUAUUGUAUGAAAUGUUAGGAUCCAGAUCAAGAACCAGUUGGGAGAACGCCACGUGAAAAAGGCUAUUGAAAAGGUUCCCUUCUGAAUUUUACUAAUAUGUGCUUUUCGCUUUUAAGAAACUACUUUUCGUUACAAUUUUUCUGUUUGCUUGUUCAGACAACGUUCGUUUCUUUCAGUGAGGUGUGCUGCGUGUUGGUUGGUUUUAGCUCGUUUCCGUUUCCGUGUCGCGCCCUUGCACAAUCGACAGUUCCCUUCCUAAUCUUAGCAGGCUAUUUAUUUCGUGGUAACCCAUUUCACUCGGGACAAGAGAAACGUUGUUCGCGCCUUACUCUUUUUAUUAAGUUUUUGCACAGCAACGUUGAGGUCGCUCCCCGCUACACGCCACAACGAGCCACGAGCAGCGCACAUAUAUUGGGAAAUGUGCCGUUGAAGUAGUAGAAGAACCAUAAUUCGUACCGUUGUAACUCGAAAAAUAGUUACCCAAAAUAAGGAGAAAAAACAUCGCAAAGAUGUGAUGGUAACGGUAACAGUGAUCCUAGACGAAACAGUGAACUAGACGACGUUCGACGUUUAGUUGUCACAUUCCUGCAAACCGGUGGCGCUUUGGUUCGAUGCAGAGGAAAGGCCCAACCGUAGAACAGGUUGUAGAUAUGAAAAGUGCGUGGCCAAGAUGGAUGAACGAGGUAGUUUACAGUCGAGUUCGAAGAACGAUUUGAGAGGAAAGCGUCUCAAGAUUGACAGCAGAAAAGACGAUAUGAUCUCGCAUGCGGUCUAGCCCUGCGGUUGAUAAACUAGGGACAUGAGACAACGCAGGCGAACACAUUUCGGCUUAACGAAAAGGAUGAUACAAAACAGAUCGAUAAUUAUCUAAACUGGUCCCCAAACGGGUAAUGAGAAAAACUCGUAAACUGCGAACGAUUGCUCAGCAAAUUACAGCUCUUAGUUUGAGGACAAAACCAGUCCCAUCUCCGGUCUAAUCAACAAGCUCCACACUAAUGGUGCGAGACAAGGCAUACAUUUAUUGUAAAGUAGGAUCUUUUGCUUUCCCAUUUUUUCCAGCCUUGAAGCCAGAUUCAUCGCCACACGUUAAAUAGAUACGCCCUGUGGAGUGAUAUGUUAGGGUUUUUGUCUUCAAUUGAAGAAACACACAAUGUGCUAACGAAUAACGAUGAGUCGUGUCCUAGAAAUCUGAACUGUCCACAAAAGGACAAAAAUGAAUCCGAACCGAAUGGGCCCGAAAAUUGCCUUUUCAGGCGAAAAAAUAACAAAAAAUUAACACGACACUAUUAUUAAUAUGAUUAUUGAUGCGUUGGUAAUAAAGGAAAGAUGACUGAUAAA